UUCUGUUUUUCUUACACUCGACGAAGCGCAACUUGGGACGAUUCACAAAUAAAUACAUAAAAUAGUUUUCUGAUAAUUAUAUUUAAAUAAAAAUAUAAACACCAUGGGAGGAGGGGAUUUGAACUUGAAGAAAUCAUGGCAUCCCCAUACGAUGAAAAAUCAAGAAAAAGUCUGGAAGGCGGAGCAAGCCAAAAAUGCAGAAGAUCGCAAAAUGAACGAUUUAAGAAGAGAAAUUAUGGAAGAAAAAAAUCGAGAAGAUCUGAUAAAGAUCGGCCAGUCGUCAGGAGUCCUAACAAAAAACGAUGACAAGAAACUAGAAUGGAUGUACAAAAGCAGCUCGGAGCUAUUAAACAGAGAAGACUACCUUCUGGGAAGACCAGUUGAUAAAGCAUUUGAAAUAAUGGAGGCGGAAGAGAAGAGCAAAGAUAUGGCCGGCAUGAAAGUACCAAUAAAUCACGUUGAACACGAGUGCAUUCCUUUCUCCAUACGGUCCUAUCGUAAUGCUACAUCCACAGAACAGGUUGAUCUUCAGAGAAAGAUAUUAGAAGAUCCUCUUAUGAUGAUCAAGCAAAAAGAGAUGGAAUCCAGACGUAAGAUUCUAGAGAAUCCAGUCAAAUUAAAAGAACUCCAUAGGAUAUUGAAAAUUGAAAAAACAAAAAAGUCCAAAAGCGGCGAGAGUAACUCAUCAACAAAGAAGAGCAAAAAAAGCAAGAAGUCCAAAAAGAAGAAACACCGUAGUUCAGAUUCCGAAGAAAGUGAUAAGGACUUGGAUGAAAUGUUAGAGAAGCAGUAUAAGAAACUUAAGGAUAAAGACAGUAAGCAGUUAGGUGGGCUUGAUCUUACCAAGCUUCUGGAUGCAAAAUAUGAAACCAUAUCAAAAGAGCUUGACAAAGCUGCUCAGUCCAAAAAGAAAAAGUCAAAGAAGAGCUCUAAGAACCGCAGAAGUAGUAGCAGCAGGAGCAGCAACAGUGGAGGCGAUAGUGAUAGCGAUGGCGGACGCGAAAGGAAUAGAAAAUCCGAACAAACGCGUUCUUACAGAGACAAAAGUCGGUCUCCACUGGAUCAAAGAGAUCACCGAAGAGAUCGUGAGAGACGACCUUCUCCUGAUCGCAGAAACGGGAGGAGCGACCGAGAUAGACAUUCUCCCUCAGAGAGACGCAACUGGAACGCUCCAAACCGUAACCGAAAUUUUAACUCAAAUAGAAGAACUGAUGAUCGUUAUCAACGAAGAUCAUAUUCUCGAUCACCACAAAGGAAAGAUCAAUCUACUCGUCGAUCAAGAUCGCCAGAAAAGUCCAAAUACUCUCAACAACGAUCGUCAACUGCACGCAACUAUAACGAAGAUUCAAAGUCAAAAUCUAACAAUAACGAAGAUUCAAAGUCAAAAUCAGCCCAAAAGUCACGUCUCACGGAAGAGGAAAAGGAACAACGCCUCAAAGAUAUGAUGGACAAUGCUGCCUGGCGGGAUAAGGAACGAACCAAAUACGUGCAAAACUAUCGUGAAGUAUACAAAAAGGAGGAAGAACAAAAUAAAGCUCGAGAUUUUGAUAAAGAAUUUAUCAAUACACAACUGAGGAAAGCCAUAUCAACACAAAACUCGGUCGAGUCUAGAAUUAAAUCAAAUGUUAACAAUAUCCAGAGAACGUCCGCUGCAAUGAAUGCAAAUUUUGUUAAGAAAUAAAGUUCGAUAUCCUAAAGUUGGCACAA